AUGUGCGCUCGUUUAUGUCAAAACUAUCCGACCGCGCCGCCGACAAAGAAGAAUGCUGAAACUCCCAUCGAAUCUUCUAGACGCAAAAGUCUAAAAGAUUCGAUGGGUUGUCUAGUCAUUGUUUCAUUGGCAUUCGCUAAAAUACUCGAUAAAUUAUCGCAGGUGGUAGGAGCAACUAGUUUCAACUGCCCGUUGGUACUCUCGAUCGGCCCAAGGUCUGGGAUAUUGAACCUGGCCGGUGCAACAGCACGACAAGGUCCGCCGGGAAAGAGACGGCUGCACUAUCACUCAUUGUUAUGGGGAAAAUGUCUCGACCACACGCGCACCACUACGACCCAUUCUUUUCGACCGAACCUGCGUCUUCUAAUUCAUUGUGUACGCUGUCAUUUGUUUGCCGAGCGACCUCAGUGCGCACUUCCUCAAAACUGGGUCCGAGGAAACGGGAAGGGAAACGGGAAUGCGUCGCCGGACAGCAGAGCGACAGAGACAGAUAUACAGAAGCAAGUGCGCCGCAGACGAGAGUGCAUUGCGCUGACGCAUCGCGAUCGUCUGCGUGCAUUCGUCUUUUUUGUUGACGCUGCCCCCGCAGCUUUCGUACAAAGUCAGUGA